AGCCUGGAGGGUCUGAGUGAAGUAAGUGACGAUGGGAAGGGCCCGGCGGCCCUGGGCGCCAUUACCCAGGAGGCCAGGCUGCGUGGAGUGGUCUGUCACCAGGGCAGCAACGAGGAGAGGGUCAGGUCUCUAGAGUCUCUGACUGAAGAACACCAAUCAGAGCUGGGGGUUCGCACCAAUGAGCACGGACAGAAGUCCAGGAGGUAUCGUCCGUUGAGACACAGCUGUCCUCCCUUGACCUUCCCCCUGACCAAGUCAGUGUCCACGCUCAGAAUCAACCAGAGAGACAUGGAUAGUACCAGGUCAUUCUCCAGCACUUCUGGCUCUCUGGCUUACAGUAUAUCUGAGGAGGACAUAGCGGGUCCCCUGAGGACUGACUUUGAUGGGAAGAGUGGAACCAAGGUUAGCCGAACCUUUAGCUACCUCAAGAACAAGAUAUACAAGAAGACCAGGGAAAAGGAUGGAGAGAAGAGUCGAGACAAAGACGAGAGGAGAGAGGCGAAGGCCAGAGAGAGAUGUACGCUGAACGGACAUCACUUCAGCAUGGUCUCCUCCCAGACACAAUCCUCCUCCUGCCACCAAUGCAGCAAAACCAUCAACACUAAGGAUGCCUUUCUCUGCACCAAUUGCAAUUCACAUGUUCACAAGAGUUGUAGAGAAAGCCUGCCUGUCUGUGCCAAGGUGAAGAUGAAGAGCCACCACAGCCCCGUCCUGGUCCCAGAUCUGUUCGUGUUAACCAGAGCCACCACAGCCCCGUCCUGGUCCCAGAUCUGUUGGUGUUAA